CGAGUACGAGCUCGUAUCCAUAACUUUGCAUCGUUUUUGCGUCAAGGCGAGCGGGCUGUAAUCCUCGGCUACGCGUGUUCCAAGCUACAGCGGGAUUGCUCUAGUCUACGCAGCGACGCACGUCGACAGCGUCCUUUCGUUGCUCAUCGCCGGCGCCCCGUCCGACGUUGAACAGACCAAGACGCGCACCCAAGACCUUGGUCGGGAUCUGCAGCCGUGCGCGUUUCCAGUGCGCCGCUGCGCUCAUUCUUGUGGCCAUGGGUGGCAGUGAUCAUCGAUCGCCAUGCAGGGUGACCACGCUGCCGAGGAGGGCACCUCGGCGCCCCGCCUCCAUGGGCAGAGGAAUGCAGCUCGGGUCAGCUGCUCGCGGCGGCGUGGCCAGCGACGACCGUGGGCAGCCGUCUUUGCCCCGCGCUGUCGCACAAGUACCUUGGGCUGUCGGGUCGUUUGGCAUUGCAUCCCGUUAUGACCAAUCAUACGACGCGCGAUGUGUAACGCCCGAUGCCAUUGGCUAAAAUCCGACAUCCCUCGGUCGUAGUCCGUUGCCCACACGAGGAGAUGCUGCGAUGGACGUCCUCGGUCGUGGCCAUGGCCCGCGCUGGCCCGCGCCGUAACUUCCGCCGCUAUGGCACCAUGUCGGCCUCAGACCUGCUCAAGGUUGCUGUCAACUCGCGCAACCAGGCGACGAGCAUUAUCACGAAGAACGCGACGCUGCAGACCGCCGUCGACAAGAUGGCGUCGCACGUCAACUCGACAACGCUCAUCGUCGUCGACGAAGAGAAGAAGGUCGUCGGCCUCUUGACGCAAAACAACAUCAUCUCGAGCAUCGCCAAGCAAGGCGCGGCGUGGAAGGACCUCCCGGUCAAGGACGCGGCGAUGCCGACCAAAGACAUCAUCCACGUCACGCCCGAAGACCCGCUCACGGUGUGCCGGGCAGUCAUGACACAGUCCGGGCGCAGCGAGCUCCCCGUCAUUUCAGGCGACAGCCUCCUCGGCAUCAUCUCCCUCGCAGACAUUGCUACGCUUAUUUCCAGCACCGACUCGCAAGCUGACGGCGAAGCCCACAGUGCCAAGUCGGACUACAUUCAUCUGAUUCUGCCGCGCAAGGGGCUGCCGAAGAACACGUCGGUUGCGAGCUCGGCCAUCGUCAAACCGACGCCGUGCACGCAAUACUACUUGAACGCGUUUGCCAUGUCGAUCCCGCACCCGCAAAAGGUGGCCACGGGCGGCGAAGAUGCGUAUUUCAUCGGCACGGAGCCGACACCGGCGCCAGCGACCACGCCGCUCGACGUGCUCUGCUUUGGUGUCGCGGACGGCGUCGGGUCAUGGUUUGAGCAAGGCAUUUCGGCUGGCAAGUACUCGCGCGAGCUCAUGAAGGCGGCGCAGGCCGCCGCGCACGUCUCCGAGGCCAAAGACGCCCUUGUGCAUCCAUCUGAAGUGCUCCACGCCGCGUGGCUAAGCGUCAACCAACACGCAAUCGUCGGAAGUGCGACGGCUUGUGUUGUGAGCCUUGACCCGAGCCAGUGCGAGCUCUACGCCGUCAACCUCGGCGACUCGGGGUUUCUCAUCAUUCGCGACAAGAAAUCUGAUCUCAAGUCGGCCGAGAUGCGCGGGACGCUCGAUGGCUCGCUUAUGCGCAAGCUUGAGAACCGGGAGACCGACCUCACGCCUGCUGGGCGGCGCAAAGGCGCCCACGUCUCGUACCGGUCGCCGCAGCAGCUCCACUACUUCAACUGCCCGUUCCAGCUCGGGUACUAUGAGCCGGGACCGGACAUGCCGUCGGGGUCGGGUCCGCUGUUCGAGACGCCGGCCGAGGCCGUCAACCUGCGGGUGCCAGUGAUGGAGGGCGACCUUAUCGUGCUGGCCACGGACGGUCUCUUUGACAAUGUCAACGAAGACCAGCUGCUCGAGAUCGUCGCGUCCGAGCCCGAAGUCGAAGCGAUGACCAAGAAGCUCGUCAAGCGUGCUUACGACCUCUCGCUCGACCGCACGAUUGACUCGCCGUUUGCUCGCCUCGCAAAGGAGAACGACAAGAUGUGGGGCGGCGGCAUGCCGGAUGACAUCACCAUCAUCGUUGCCCGCGUCCUCAAGCGCGACAUUUGCUGAGUUUAAUUAGUCGAUAAUUGCCUCUUAGUCGAUCCAGUGGCAAUAUAUGCAGUGUCGAUAUUACAUUC